CCAGCCGGCUGUGCACGUCCGAGGGCACCUGGACGGGGGAGCCGCCCACCUGCGCUACGAACGUGGCGGAGGGCAAGCCGUCGAACCAGUCGUCGACGGCGCGCGGCGGCCCGGCCUCCAACGGUAACGACGGCCAGCGGAGCACGCUGCACGACGGCGGCCGGUGCACGGAGACGCUGCAGCAGGCGUCGCCCUGGUGGCGCGUCGACCUGCUGGCGGAGUACCCGGUCGACCUGAUCCGCAUCACCACGCGCGGCUGCUGCGGUCAGAAGCCGCUGCAGGACAUUGAGAUCCGUGUGGGCACCAGUCCGACUCUGCAGCAGAACCGGCUGUGCGCCUGGUUCCCGGGCACGCUGGAGGAGGGCGCCGAGAAGGACUUCAAGUGCGCCCGGCCCAUGACGGGCCGAUACGUGUUCAUUCAGAUGGUCGGCGUCGAGGGGGCGCUGUCGCUCUGCGAGGUGCAGGUCUUCAGCUCGCAGGAGUUCGCCAAGGAGCAGUGCGCCCCGGAUGUGCCCCUGGACAGUCUGAACCUCUACAACAAGACGUGCUACGAGCUGCAGCUGAACAAGGGCGCCGACUUUCUGAAGGCACGCCAGCACUGCCAGCGUAUGAGUGGCGACCUGGUGCACACGCUGCCCGACCCGGCGUUCGCCUACCUGCUGGACCACCUGGAGCGGAGCAAGGCGGCCAUGCGCACCCAGCUCAUCUGGGUGGGCAUCAGGAAGGUGCCUGGCAAGGACAUGUGGCGAUGGGUCGACGGCACUGAGGUGGUCCAGCCACGCUGGGGUCGUGACCAGCCCAACAGUUACGUGGGUGAACAGAACUGCGUAGUGCUGGACGGUGGCCGUGACUGGCUCUGGAACGACGUCAGCUGUCAGCUCGACUACCUGCACUGGAUCUGCGAGUACAAGCCCCAGAUGUGCGGCAGUCCGGACAAGAACGAGAACACGACUAUCGUGGGCAGCGACUUCGGCCUGAACCGUACCAUCUUCUACCGCUGCCCAGAGGGCAACAAGGUGGUCGGGGACGAGGUGCGCACGUGCCAGGAGACGGGCUUCUGGUCGGGCGCCGCGCCCACCUGCCAGUUCGUCGAUUGCGGGCCGCUGGACGAGAUCGCUCACGGCCAGCUGACACUGGUCGACAACCGCACCACGUACGCCGCGCGCGCCGAGUACGUCUGUGACGCCAACUACACUCUGGUGGGCGAGCAGCUGCGCACCUGUUCCGACGGCGGCGCGUGGUCCGACCAGACGCCGCAGUGUCUCUACUCGCUGUGCCCGGCGCUGGAGACGCCUGAGAACGCCACGCUGACCCAGUCGGGUGACCUGACGGCCGGCACCGAGGUCACGUUCACGUGCGCGCCGGGCCACCAGCUGAUUGGCCGCGCGGUGGUCACGUGUCAGCUGGGCGGGGCGUGGAGCGACCCGCCGCCGGUCUGUCGGCUGAUCGACUGCGGGAGGCCGGCGGCGCCCCAGCACGGCGAGGUGGCCGUCUCCGAGACCUACCUGGGCGCCUCGGCUGAGUUCAGCUGCGGCGCUGACUACUGGCUGCUGGGGGCCGAGCAGAGAACCUGUCAGGAGGACGGCACCUGGAGCGGAGAGGACACGUUCUGCGAACUGAUUGACUGCGGCGAGCCGGACGUUCCCGAGGAGAGCUACGUCACUGGGUACGACUUCCACGUCAACUCGGACGUCGAGUACCACUGUAACGUGGGUCACCUGCUGGUUGGCGAGCCCGUCCGGCGCUGCCAGCGGGACGGCACCUGGUCCGGAGAUGUGCCGCUCUGCAAAUACAUCGACUGCGGCAGGGCGUUCGCCGUGCUGCACGGGGACGUUCAGUACGUCACCGGCCAGACGUACCUGGGCAGUGAGCUCGAGUACUCGUGCGCCCGAAACUACCAGCUGGUCGGCGACCGGCUGCGCACCUGCCAGGUGGAUGGGCGGUGGUCGGGCAGCGCGCCCGUCUGCGAGGAGGUGCGCUGCGGCGACCCCGAGAGGACAGAGAACUCUGUGCUCAGUAUCUCGGGCAACGACCGGAUGCGCCAGAAGGCCCGCCAGCUGACGGGGAACCUGGCGCCGCAGUCCACCUCCUUCCGGGUCGGAUCCACCGUCACCUACAAGUGCAAGCCAGGAUACAAGGUGGUGGGUGACGCUCUGCGCUCGUGUCGCGGCACCGGCGCCUGGUCGGGCCUGCCUCCGUCCUGUGUGUACGUGGACUGCGGCGCGCCGGAGCCGGCGCUCUCCGGCCGCGUCACGCUGCCGCUGAACGCCACCUACUACGGCGCCAUCGCCGAGUACGGCUGCGACGUCAACUACCGCAUGGAGGGCCUGAACCGGCGGCUCUGUCUGGAGAACGGCACCUGGAGCGGCCAGCCGCCGCUCUGCACCGAGAUCGUGUGCGAGGUGCCCGAGACGCCGGCGGAGGUGCUCUCUGUGGUGACCUCUGGUCUGAAGGUCGGCGACACGGCCACCUACAACUGCGGCAAGGGACGCGAGCUGAUCGGCGCCGCGGUACGCCGGUGUCUGAGCACCGGACACUGGGGCGGCACAGAGCCCACCUGUCAGUGGGUGGACUGCGGCCCGCUGAACGCCGUGGAGAACGGACGCGUGUACCAGGUGAACCAGAGCACGGCCUACGACUCUGUGGUAGAGUACCACUGCUUCCCCAAGUACCUGCGACACGGACCAUUCACCCGGCGCUGCCUGGCAGACGGCUCCUGGUCCGGGCCCGACACACAGUGUCUCUUGAUGAACGAGACGGUGUCGGCGGGCCUGGACGCCGGCCUGGACGGACCGCAGAACGUGCCGGCGGCCGGCUUCAGCCCGGACGACUACGCCACGGCGCGCAACACGGCCAUCUGGGCGGGCGUGGCCGUCGGACUGUUUGUCCUGGUCAGCAUCAUCACCGCCGUGCUCUGCCUCAGGAGGCGAGCCCACGUGGUGAAGAACUCUGAGAACGUGCAGGGCAUGAAGGCGAUGGAGGAGCGCAGCGUACCCAUCAUGAAGUUCUCCAACCUGGCUGACGGCGGCCGGUUCGGCGCGCACAACGGCGCGUUCGCCGCCGGCGCAGCGCCCAUGCAGAACCGGCCGCUGCCCGUACGGCCCGACGAGGAGGACAUCUACGCCGAGGCCGACAGCUUCUCGUCGGGCUCGGCGUCGCCGCCGGCCAGCCGCACGUACGCCAACCGGGACGCCACCUACGCCAACGGCGUGGACGACCACAACACCUCGUACACUAACAGCGGCGGCGACAGCAGCGUCACCUAUAACAACGACGGCGCCGAGAGUGCUGCCACCUACACAAACGGCGGCGGGGAGCCCGCCGCCGGCGGCUCCGUUACCGUGAACGGGAUGGCGCUCUAGGGGAGGCUGUGACGGGCGCCGGGCGCUGUAGUAGCAACUAGACGAGUGUUGGAGCGCACCAGUGGCCACGGCCUCGGGCACAAACAGGCGAAAGGACGCUAACGUGCGCGACGGAGGCCGCCGGUGGUCGUGCGGGCCCGUGGCGAUACGAAUCAGAAACCCAGGGACAUAUGCGGUGCGUACAGUAUGUCUAAAAAGUAUGUCCCCUGGUUUGGCUCUCCCACAGGAGGCGAAUCGGUAACUUGGCUGAAUCCCAGUUGCGGCACCCGGCCGCCAGGGUCGCUGCCGCGCGAGCGGCCUUGACCGCUCGCAUGUCAUUGGCGUUUCGGUCCCUCCCCAUCUAUACAGAGGUGGGGAGGGGAGAAGAGGGGAAGAGAGGGAGGGAGCGGCAUCCGCUCGGCACUGGGCGAUACCUGGCUGACCCCGCGCUCCCUCGCUGACCUCCGUCCUGCCCUCAGGCGAAGACCGACUUCCUCGGCCCGUAGCGGCCGAGCGGAAAACCGAGCUCGCAGGGCGCGACUCCAUUGGCCCAAUCUUAUAAAUGGAAUGCUGUCGUAUUCACGGCAUUAGAUAAUAUUAAUAGUGAUACCAGCAGUGGAUGUCGUAAAAUACAGUUCAAAACAAACGAAAGCACACGAUUGACGCAUAAUGCGCCCUCCCAUUCAAGUAAGCCCGCCCACUUCAAUGAAUGGUGUAGUUUCUUAGGGCGUAAAAGAUGCAAAACACUACCAAACUUUUUUUAGCUCGGCCACUGGGACCGUCAAUAUACAAUUGACUGAAAUGCAUGAAAACCAUUUUGCAUUUAAUAGCCGUUUCCUGCACCCAAACUUUAGCCAGUGACGCCCUUUCCAUUCUAAAGCGUUUAUAAGAUUGGUCCCAGCACCCGAUUUUAUAUGAGGAAGUCGUUUAAAAAGCAUCUUAUCUCUAACCAAUUUAUUUAUUAUGGCCACUUUUACAGGACGUCUAUAGAGCUUUGACGUUUACAUUUCUUCCUCGUUCAGGAGCAACGUUUUAACCCUCACCGGACCUUCAGGUUUUCUGAAUACCGAGGGGGCGUUGGGGGGUUGGAAGUGAGGGAACAACCCCCUUUGCCGAUUCGCCCCUUAAUGAGCUAGAGCCUCACGAAAGAAACGAUCGUGCGCGUCGUUACGAAAUGCAGCGAUUGGUCUCCGAUUUUAAGGACUAGGAUCAGCCGAUGACUUCUGAGGUUGGGUCAAGUGGCCCAAGGCACAGGUUCGGUUUUUGGUAAAUAACUUCGCUAAACAUGAUCGCAGAUCCGCGAUUUUAGCAGCAUCGUGUUUGUCUAGCUCAGGCGUGUCGAAUGGUAUACUUUUUCUUCGGGUGAGAUCAAGUUAAGGUGUUAACCUCGGGUCAAGGUCAGGUCACAGCCCGUCAGGUCACGAAGCUGGUCAAAGCAUAGAGAUUUUAUAUACAAUUUAAUUUAGGAUAGUUUAAUUCAAGUCGGUAUGAAUCCGACUUGACAAUUUACUAGGUGGGUUUUGCAGCGUUAUUACUUCGGCAUGUAAUUAUAAAUCAUUGCUAAUUUCGAUCCGGAUGUCGUUAUUCAAUGCUGGCCUUUGCGCCCUCAGAAAAGUUUAUAGUCAUGAAGGCUUGCAUUGACCCAUACUUUCCAUUUUUCACUACCAUUAUUCGCCGUAGUUGACCAGGUAUUUUUCUUCAGCUCUCCCCCGAAUCAUUUGGCUUAGACCCAUGGCGUAUCACCCGUGCAUCGCAAGACGCACCUACCACACACAAGUUCACGAUCCCCACGAACCCACAUCAGCGUCCGUUCGCUUGGUGUGUGACCCCUUGACCUUUGGCCGCGACAACUGCCAGCUUGCCGGAGCACCCCUCCCUGCACGCGCUGCCCCGCCCGCUCCCCUCCCUCUCUCCCCUCCCCGGGGUCGUGUCACGAAGGUUCGGGCUUACGCUACUACCGGCCGCUGCGCAGCUGUCACCUAACGCUUGGGAAUGUGUGGUCUGGUGCGGAUUCAGCCAACUACCGGCUCGCGACACCAGCGCCACGUAGUGGCGACGGUACAUUCUUUUUAGACAUACUGUACACCGACCGUAUGCUUGCAGUGAACUCGCAGACGUGUGCGGCGUUAGAGCUGGCUAGUGACGUUGUGUUGGCUCCCAGAGUAGCCUCAAUGUGUGUAUUGAGAGAAGUGAGGACGGGGCGGAGCAGUACGCGCCCCUGUGGCUCCCUCAGUCCCGGCAGUCCUGUACCAGUGUACUGUGAGUGUAUGAGCUGUAACCUUUACGAGUCGUGUGCGUAUGUGUGUGUGUGUGGGGGGGGGGGGGGUAUUGUGAGCACACUACUGUGAGGAUACUGCAAACUGUUGGCCGGUACUGCUGCUCUUCAUGAUCUAUGUUAUGCCAAUGAUGCGUGUAUCAGGUCAAAUACAUAUGAAUAACUAAAUAAA